AUGUCACAGUUCAAGCGUCACUCGUUCGCUGGUUACGACGCUAAUUCAUCCCUCCAAAACAUGGUCUUAUUGGCAAGGACAAGAAGAAACAUAUCAAAUAUGAAAAACCAAAACCCAAUCCUGAUCAAAAAUGCAUUACGAAACCAUCAGCAAACAAUAAAAGAAUAUUCUGAUGAAUUUACAACUUUUAUGCUCGAUGCUAUUUCAUCCUACAAUAUCCCGCAAUACAUACAUCCUCUAUUUAACAUAGAUCAUUGUCGAAGAUUAUCAAUAUUUAAUUAUGCAAUGCAUUCCCACAUGAAAUUGAAUCUUUGUACUCCUGCUUUGUUUCUAACUUUCAAUAUUCUUAACAGAUACAUUUCAAAUUUCGAAGUAAACGCUCAAGAACACCAAUUAGUUGCUUUGACAGCCCUAUGGAUAGCUUCAAAAUACUGGGACAUCAAGUAUCGUACCGUCACUCUGCAUUCCCUGUCAUCUGUCUGUGGCGGCAUCUAUACACGCAAACAAUUCAAAGAUAUGGAGUUUCACCUAUUAAAAUCUUUAAACUGGACCAUUUGCGAUGGAAUUACAAUGGAUUCUCUGAUAGAUACGAAACUCUUCGAAGAAUUAGAGUCUCUCAAUAAAGAAAAUCAAGUUAAUAAUGCCUCUUCAAGUUCAAUUGCAAACUUAAAUGUAAAUGAGAUAAAGUUGGGUACAGUCAUGCUUUGUGAAUUGGCUUUUUUUGAUGAAAGACUCACAUUCGACAAUGACUACUGUUCUAUUGUCGAGGCGGCAAUAAGCAUUGUGAUCUCAUCUCUGAAGUUUCAGUAUUAUAACGAGUGGCAGAAUUUAGAAACAUUACAUAACCAUCCAAACUUGACUUCUGUUGCAUACUCACUGCUAAACGUCAUUACAAGCUAUGAAUUACUUGCACCAAGUUUUAAAUCAAAAUACAUCUUCAAUACAGUUGCCGGCCAGCCAAUUACACCCGCAAAUAAAUUAUUAGUCAUUAUGCUCAAUUAUAAUACAAGAAUUCAGCUAGAAUCUUUCAGUCCUCUUCAAAAUUAUGAACUAACUGAAGGAUCCUCAGAGAGUGAGUUUAGCUCUACGAGAUCGAAUAGCUCUCUUUUCGACCAUUUGUCAUACUCUACCAGCCCAGUCUGUUUUCCAACAAGGUCUAAGUCUGGGAGGUCUUCAGUUAGUAGUUUGCCAGAGGGCACUAACUUUGAAUCCCCUUUAGAACCCAAAGUCUGGUCACUGUUGUCAUUAAGAACUUCAAAAUUGAGGCAAGCCUUCGUACCUCUAACACCUUCAACACCCACCUUAUUCAAUUUACAUAAUUCAAGAAAAUCCUUUUUGAGGCACAAUUUUAAUAGACGAAACUCUAAUGAAUUACCAAAGUAUGGAAGGAAAAGAUUAUCUGUUACUAGCAUUGAAUUCUCUAAAAAAGGCACUGAAUCAAAGCGGGCGUAUCUUUAA